AUCCCGUGGCGGCCGCCAUUUUGCGGCGAGAGGCGCGGUACGGCCGUGCCGGCAGGAUUCUGCCAGCUGAACCAGCGCUGCUCCUUUCCAGUCCUGACCCCUGUGGCGGCGUUCAUGUUGCUGACCGGUGCCUAGGCUGCCCGUGCUAGAAAUGACUGCUCUGCUUUGCACCUCUGCACAUCGGGGUGUUCUGGUGGAUAGUCUCUAUCUGCCCUGUCCGGGUGCCGAAGUCUGACAGUGCCCUUUGGAGAAAGGAUCGCACAUAACUGGAGUGAGAAGUCCUUUGCACAGCGUUUAGAAGUCUCUCUUCUACAGCGCAGCAGAAUGGAAAACUAUAAGAAGACCAAAAUUGUGGAGAAACCUUGUCCUCUUCCUUUCACUGACCUACCUCCCGACAUCAUUGAAAUGAAGGUGAAAGACGGAAGUAAAAUUAGAAAUCUGAUGGGCUACGCCAUUGGCAAGAUGGAACUGGACUCAGUGAGGCAGAUCCUUUUCACUGGCUCAGGCAAGGCUGUUAGCAAGACCAUCACAUGUGUGGAAAUCAUGAAAAGAAGGCUCAAAGAACUCCACCAGAUCACCAAAGUGCUUUUUAAACAGAUUGAGGAGAUCUGGGAACCCAUUGUGCCUGAGGCAGGUCUUGAUGCCUUGACAGUGAAGAGAAACAUUCCUGCCAUAUGUGUCCUGCUGAGCAAAGAUGCCCUCGAUCCCCAGGAGCCUGGAUAUCAAGCUCCAGGCUCUUUUGAUGCCUUCUGGAUUGAGACGCUUAAAGCGGAGUCUCAGGCCCAAAUGAAGAGGAAGCAGGGUGGAGGAAGGGGAACUGGCAGCAUGGGAAAGCACCCUCGUGCCAGUGGAGUGCCUGGGGAGUCCUGAGCAAAGUCCUGAGACAGAGAGACUUGUGGGUGUAGCUUGGGGAUUUUACAGAAACCAGCCAGCUGCUCUAGCUGGAAAGCUGCUGCUGAACACAGGCUUGCAGAGCUGCUAGGGGUAGGAAGGAGAACUCACUGUUCCAAAAUUGACAAAAUUCUAGCUGUCUAAAUUGUGUUUUGGCAAGUUUCCUUGUCAGAUGGUGCCAGGCUGCACUCCAUAGCCUGUGUGGCUCAGGGAUGAGAUGGAAAUACAGGAUUCACCUAUUUGGGCAAGGACCACUGGCAUCCAGUUAGUGAGCCCAAACAGGCAUUCCAGGUAUGGCAGUGCUUUGCCUGGGCAGGGGUGGAGGCAGCUCCUAGAGGGGAGACGUGGCCCGGCUUGGGCUGCCAGCCCAUCAUCACAGCUCCUCUGUGCAGAUGGCACGGUUCUGGGCUGGAUUGGCCACUUCACCUGUGCCUGAGAGGCCAUCUUCUGCUCAAGCCUUCCAGUGUUCUGAUGGUUUAGAUGUGGGACUCCAGGGAUGCAACUCAAUGUGUGCCAAUCAUCCCUUUCUGUCCUACUUUCACUUCUUCUCUGGAGCUGAUGGUUACACCUCUGGCAGGAGUGGACUAAUGUCACUGCCAUGCUGAAACCAUGCAGGCAAGGGCAAGUGCACUGGGGUGGUAAUGGUAAGCUCCAGAGGAUGCUUGUUUCCCCUUUCUGCUCCUUUAUAAUGCAUAGAGAUGGGUUUAAAAUAAAGUUUUUAAGUGUUAAAAAA